AUGUAUGUGCCAAAUACACCCUGGACAUGGGCAUUCAUGCUCGUCGUCCUUGGCCAAGCGGUUGCGAGCUUGGGACUGGAGGCAUAUGUGUUUGGAGAGUUCCAGACGAAUCUGCACGUAAAGGACGAUGGCGAUGGCAAGGCGCCUGAGCCUACGAAGACAAUUCCCACAUAUCUGGCUCUGUUCAUCUUCGGAUUCAUAUACGAGCUGGUUCUGGCCUACGAUGCUCUUAGGCUCAAGAACACCAUCCAGGUCAUCGGAGUAUGCCUGUACAACAUUGGCAUGCUCAUCUAUUCGUCCGUGCAGAUGGACCAGGUGAACGAAGCCGUCAAAAAGCUGGUCGAUAUGGGCGACAUUGAUCCUGAGACCUGGCAAAACCUCAAGCCCUUCCUCAUCGCAGCGCCCUGCGUUGUGGCAUUGGGGACUGUGAUGCUCGCAUUCAUCGCCUGGAAGCUCUACAAUGAGUUUGCGUGGACCAUCUACAAGCACAUUUCCGCCGAUCUGCGUCUGAAGAGGCGUUAUCUGACAUAUCAGAUCUACAUCGCCCUGCUCAAGUUCGAUUUCUUCUUCUUCCUCGGCUUCACCGUUCAAUUCGUCGUCGUCGUUACCGGCACCUCCGACUCCGAAUUCUACCUCACGAUCGCGGCCAUCCCAAUCACCAUCAUCCUCCUCUUCCUCGCCGCUUACUUCACCCGCCGCGAAUCCCACAUCGGACAAACCGGCAUCAUCAUCGUGUAUUUUGCGGCAAUGGCGUACUUUGUAUUCAAGCUGGUGCGAAUGUACACACCCGCACGCGAGCAGGACUACAUCGCCAUUCGCAGCUCUCUCACGACUUUCGCGGUUUUGACACUUCUGCUACUGGUGGUAACGAUUGGAACGGCAAUAGCAUGCAUGAUGAACUUCAACAAGGGCCUGAAACCACAUAUUCAGAGGAGAAAGGUCCCGAACACAGGAGAGCUGGACGGAGGCAAGUGGGGAUCUGGAGACUAUAACGGACCACCUCACCCUCUGGGCCAGGUACCGCAGCGCAUGACGAUCGACUGA